CUGUGGCCUCUCUAGCCGCUCAGAGGGCUUGGCUCCACUCUUUCUCCCUUCGCAGCUUCCGGCCGGUCCGAAUUCCGCUUCCUGUCUGACAUUGGAGUCUUUGCUGAGGGUCACAUUGAGCGCGAGCGGCUCCCGGGGCGGCUUUUGGAGUUGGCACCAUGGCUGAAGACAUCAAGGCUAAAAUCAAGAAUUACAAGACUGCGCCUUUUGACAGCCGCUUCCCAAACCAGAAUCAGACUAGGAACUGCUGGCAGAACUACCUGGAUUUCCACCGCUGUGAGAAGGCGAUGAACGCGAAAGGGGGUGAUGCUUCUGUGUGCGAGUGGUACCGGCGUGUGUACAAGUCCCUCUGCCCCAUUUCCUGGGUCUCAGCCUGGGACGACCGCCGGGCAGAAGGCACAUUUCCUGGGAAGAUAUGACCUGGUUCUGUCUCGCCUCUCCUUUGUCCUCUGUCCUUCUCCCUGGGUAGUAAAGGGGUACCCGGGUACAUGAUGGUCCCUACGCUGGGACCCUGAAUCCUGAUGUAACUACUAAUAAAAAUUCACUGGAUAAGUGUCAUGUGGUACAGACAA